AUGCGCUUCGAGACUGGUAUUGGCGCGAAGCUCGAGUUCAAGUUCGUCAAGGGCCACCGCAAUCCCUACGCUGGCGUCAACAUUGAGGAUAAGGACUGCUUCACCCUCCCUCCCUCUACCGGCGACCAGCCCGAGCUGGACCUGUCUUUGGUGCUGCUGUCUCUGGCGUUCGAUCGCGGUCUCUUCGGUAGCAGGACUCCAGAGGAGCUCUGGGAAGGUCCUGAGAAAUACAUUGAGCAAGAUGAAGACGUUGCCAAUCAGGCUGGCUUCGUUCAGUCCGACCAAGCGGGAGUCCUCGAUACCGAGCUCGCCAUGAAGGAGGCUUCAUUGAACCCGAAGCUUCGCGAGAUGUGUCAAUCGGUUGGCCUGGUCGCUCGUGACUCGAUGUACGCCUUCCGCCGCCUCGCCAUCACUGAGGUACGCCGCGGGUCUGGUACAGAGUUUGCUAAGGAGUUCGCCGGCCACAAGAUGGGCGGGAGGUCGAUGUAUGCCUACGACAACCUUGGCAUGCAGGAUGUCGACAUGCAGAACAUGCGUCUCGGGACCGAAGAGGUCUAUUCUCGUACAGAGCUCCGCAAGAUCUUCGGCCAGGUACCAGAUCAGCUGUGGACCGGCGACACCGAGACAGCUGAGCAGGCCAACUACCGUCGUGCGGAAGAGCUAAUGAUCGAGGAUACUCAGUACAAGGACGUUGAGAAGAAGCUUCGCGAUAUCCUCCGCGAUUGUGCAGUACUGCUCGAUAUGCCGGAUCUUGGAUACAACGAAAGCAUUGUGAACUCAUACUCGAAGAAGCUGCAGGCAAUGGACGACGACAUCGACGCUGACUCCGGUGACCAGCGUAGAGCUCAACAAGGGCUGAGAACGUAUUGGGUUCUCCACGAGAAGUACCGUAAGGAGGUGAAGGAGCAGCAGUCUACGGAAGUCAAAGCGGCGUCGAAAGUCGCUUCGAAGCGAUCAAAGACUACCGAAGGUGUGAGGUGGGCGUAUACCAGCUCUGCUAUGCACGGCUUUCUGCGACGUCGAAGAGGACUCUAUCAAGCAGCAGCAGGCCCAAGAGCUUGA